CAAAACAUCAAAACUUUCAAGGGCUGUUCGCGUACCUACUCGACGACGACGACGACGACGAUGUACGUCUGGCCGUCGCCGUGUGUUCAUUUAUUCUGUAAAUCGUUGCUAGUCAUGUGACUGAGGAGUGGCUCAUUGCGUGCGCUAUGAAACCAUCCGAAAGCGUCCAAGUUUGCGCCACCGAGUCGUUCGUCCGGUGACAAAUGUCUGGCCGAUCUCUUCCGUCAAUGAUGUAAUGCAUCUAAUUAAAUAAUUUAAAAUGGAUAAGGACACGCCAGUUAUUUACAAUACAGUCAGCGGUAUGGAGGACUCCUACUGGAACAUUACCAACGUACAUCUAGAUGAUUUUAAAAUGGAUAGUAAUUUUGUCUCAAUGCUUUUUUCAUUAAUAUCUGGAAUGAUAUGGGUGAUUUAUAUCACAUACUACAACUCUAGGGUAACAGCAUAUAUUGUCACCAGACUGUUGACUAAAUUUUAUGCUACAAAAGGAUACCUUAGUAUUGGUUCAUUUACAGUAUGUGCUCUUUCUGGUAAGAUAAUGUUUAGAGACAUUGUGUAUAUAACUGAAGAUUAUACCAUAAGAGUACAGGAUGGCUGGUUGAUAUUCCGUUGGUGGCGAUCUUAUGUUCCUAAAGAUGUGUCAGAAGAUUUGUCACAUUCUGAUACAAGGCUGUCUGUUAUGUUAAAUGGUUUUGAACUUCAUGUAUAUAAUCGUUGUAAAAUGUAUAGUAAUUUAGAAAAAGUAUUCAAUCUAGAACCGUCAAUUAUUCCUUGGGACGAAUUGAGUGUCAAGGAAGAAGAAAAAAAAAAUAAAGAUAAAAAACAAGAAGCAGUGCUUGGUAAAAGCUGGAGGGAUCUUAUACCUGUGAUAAAAUUGGAAGUGUCAUCGGGUCGAGUUGUAUUUGGCAAUCGACUCAUACCUACCACUUUACUAGUCAAUGUUGAAGAAGCACAUUUUGUUUAUUCCACUAAGCCAGCUGCUUCUAAAUUGGAUCAUUUUAUGCAUUUUGUUAAAUGCAAAGCAGAAAAUUUUAAAGUAAUAUUAGCACCUAGUCCUAAGUAUACUGGCAUGGCAGAUGAUCCACCUCGAUAUAUGGGUGCUGGAUUUGUUGUGUUUUCUUCAAAUAAUAUAGAACUUUACUAUUACAUGGAUGAACCAGGAGUUGUACCUGAAAAGCCAGAAAUGUUACGAUUAGCAAAUGGAGACAUAGUUGAAUCUGCACCGCCCAUUUGGGGGAUCGAUAUAAAGUGUGGCAAAGGAACUGACUUUAGUUAUGGGCCUUGGGCAGAUAGACAAAGGGAACAUUUAUUUAAGUUAUUUUUUCCUCAAGAUUAUCAACCUCUUAAGUUUAGUGAUCCACCAUUACCAGGCCAAAAGCGUCAAGUACAAGCUUUUGAUAUUCGUCUUAAUACACUCUAUGAAUCUACAAUUGAUAUUUUGUUUUCAAAAAACAAAGAAACAAAUGCAAUUCACAUAAAUGUUGGCCCGGGUUCAUAUAUGGAAAUUACCUUACCAUGGUUAGUAGCACAUGAUGGUUAUACUACUAAAAUUACUGGGCAGCUUCUUCAUUUAGAAGCAACUACAAGUUUACAAUUUCGAAGCUUAUUAGAGAGUGAAACAUUAGAAUUUACAGCUCAUUGCCACUAUCCAAUUCAAUGGAAUGAUCAUCAAGAAUGGUUGUUUAAUUUAACUGGUUGUAAAGCCACUGGAUGGUUUACCUAUGCUCAUAAAGGAUUUUUUCAAGAAAUGAUAAAUGAUUGGGCCAGCAAAAGUAGGCCAGAUAUUUUACAUUUUGUGCCAUAUACAUGGAAAUUUUCAGUUCUUAUGAAAGAAUUUGAAUUAAUAACCAUUAGUAAUGAAUACAAUUGGAUUGAUUGUUCAUCUCAAAAUCAAGAAAAUGCUCUUAUUGCGGCUAGUGGUGAUUUAUUCGAUUUUUCAUUUGAUCUUCCAUUUACGGAAUUUUUGCCUGAUACAUUACCUCUUCGGUUUUGGAUACAAGGUGAAAGUAUAGAUUUAUCUAUGCAUUUGCCUGAAGUAUAUACAAGUCGAAGUGUCUUAUUAUCGUUAAAUAAAAAUGCUAGACUACUUGGACGUGAUGGAAAAAUAUUUAAAUCAAAAUUGGACGACAAUGCACGCAAAUGGAGGAAUGUUUGUCAAAAAAUUCAUGGAUGGGUGGAUUGCUGGACUAUGCCAAUUGUUGCUUUGUCAAUUAAUUUUAUUUAUCAUCCAAUGCCAAUGUAUGGGCCACCUCCUCAAGCUGAUAUUACUACUCCAGAGAAAGAAGAAAAAUUACUUUCUCCCAUGAGAAUGCAACAUCAUAAAACACAAAAUAUUUCUAUUCCUUGGACUCGAGAAAAUGAUCAAAAAUUUGAUCCCACUACUUUACCAGCUGAUAAAGUUAGUUUAGAGUUAGAAAUUGGGUCAUCAGUUAUGUUAUUGUAUGGUUCUUGGCUUAGACAUUUCUUUCACUUAAAGGAAAGUAUAUUUGGUGAAGAUCAAAUUUUUACUGAUAUGACUGAUAAGUUAAAUCCAAAAAGUACAAAUAAUACAGAUAAAACUGUCGAACAAGAUAGUACUUCUGUAUCUGAUGUAAAAAUGCAAGUUGAUCCACGAGAAUAUAGGCCAUUGGAAGUUGUAAUUUCUAUUACAAUGCAUGACUUGCAGGCUCACCUUAUAAAAAAUUGUAAUGAGAAUGAUCCUCCUUGUCCAGUUAUAAUAAUUGAACGUUUCGGAUUGGAAAUGAAGAAAUGUUAUAGAGAUACUCAAUUACAAGUCUUAUUAUCACCAAGUUUACUUAUAUCUAGUGAUAAACUAGGAAAUCGACCAGUAAAAGAUCAUCAUUUAAACCAAGGACAUUUAAUGCUUUCUGCUUUACAAAUCCGAGGCCAUGCUAUGUUUAGUGAUGCUGAAAGGAAUUUAGAUCAAGAUACUUUAGAAUAUGCAUGGUUAUUAGAAAUUCAAUUAGGGAAACUAAGUGGGAAAGCUACUGCUCCUCAACUGUUUCAUGUUAUAACUGGUCUGGAGACUCUGUUCUUAUUAAUGUUUGAUUCUGAAAAUCAACUGAAACCCGCCCAUUUACCAUCGGAAUGUCAUCAUGGUUCACCUCCUUCAACAUGUCCUCAUAAUGAUGCACAAGCUCGUUAUAGAUGUCCUACUGCUGAUGAGAUAAAAUACCGAAUGACUCGUGUAGCUAUUGAUGCUUUGGACAUCUAUCUAGUCGAAUCAGGAACAGCUAUUAAUUUAUGG